CCUUUGCCUCACCCUCAUGAAGCAAAAAUUGACCGGGCCCCAUGUCUUCAUUAUUGGACUGCUUCGAAGGAUUAUCAGGACAUGCGUUCCACUCUUCUUUACCGUCAUGUGCUUCUACGUGGCUCCACUUUUUACCACUGGCCCAGACACCAAAUCGUUCUUUUUAAAGCUUUACGACGACGUAGCGGAAAACUGGUGGCGCAUCCUUCUUCAGAUCAGAAAUUUCUUUGAGCUGACCCCACAGACCGUGCUUGGACAUACGUGGUACCUCUCAGCUGACUUCCAGCUCUUCACCAUCUCACUUCUGACACUGCUUCUUUUUAAAAGCCGGAAAACUCUGGCACUGGGAGCGUUUGCCCUACUGUCUUUAAUGGGCUGCGCCUUCGCUACGUGGACCAUAUCAGGAUCGGAUAUGACUCCUUUUGUCGUGUUUCCUGCCGAGACACCACAAGUCGUAAUGCGAACCGCCAACGAAUACUACAUACGGCCUUUCUAUCACGCUGUUUGCUACUUCAGCGGUUGUAUGGCGUUCCUCCUCAUCGACGACAUGAAGGAACGAAAGAUGUCAAAAUCCCCUUUUCCCCUUCUUCUGAGCAGGGUAGCCAAUCGGGCUCAGCCUCGUUAA